AUGCACCUCCUCCCGCGCGAACAGGACAAACUCAUCCUCGCGAGCGUCGGCAUCUUGGCGCAACGCCGCCUGGCGCGCGGUCUCCGCCUCACGCGUUCAGAGACCGUGGGGCUUAUCGCCUGCCAGCUCCAGGAACUGAUCCGCGAUGGCAACCACUCGGUGGCGGAACUGAUGGAUAUCGGCAAGAAGAUGCUGGGCCGCAGGCAUGUUGUCGAUGGCGUUGCGGAGAGCAUUCACGAUGUGCAGGUCGAGGGCACGUUCCCCGACGGUUCAUUCCUCGUAACUGUGCACGACCCGGUAUGCUCCGACUCUGGUGACCUCUCUCUCGCGCUGUACGGCUCCUUCCUCCCCGUCCCUUCCGAGGACCUGUUCCCCAUUCCCGCGCCCCUCGCCCCCGCGGCGCGCCCCGGCGCAGUCGUGUGCACCAAGCAGCGCAUCAAGCUGUCGCAAGGCCGCAAGCGCUGGCUCGUCGAGGUCAAGAACGAGGGCGACCGCCCGAUCCAAGUGGGCUCGCACUUUCCCUUCCUCGAGGCCAACGCUGCGCUCGUGUUUGACCGUCUGCUGGCCUACGGCACCCACCUGGACAUUGCGGCCGGUACGGCCGUCCGCUUUGAACCUGGAGAGCGCAAGACGGUCUCGCUUGUGGAGAUUGGCGGACACAAGGUCCUGGCGGGCGGAAGCUCGUUGGCCGCGGGCAAGUUUGACGAGGCCAAGCGCCUCACGACUGUAAAGGCCAAGAUUGAGGAGCAUGGGUUCGGGCACAAGACGCAGGCCAACGUCCAAGAGGCGCCCACGCCCGACAUGGACCACGAGGUGUACGUGUCCAUGUUUGGACCUACUGUCGGCGACCGCGUGCGCCUCGCAGACACCAACCUGUGGGUCGAGGUCGAAAAGGACUACACCGUGUAUGGCGACGAGUGCAAGUUUGGCGGCGGCAAGGUCCUCCGCGAUGGCAUGGGCCAGGCAAGCAACCGGUCCGACUCCGAGGUGCUCGACUUGGUCAUUACCAAUGCGCUCGUCAUUGACUGGUCCGGUAUCUUCAAGGCCGACAUUGGUGUCAAGGACAGCAAGAUUGUCGGUAUUGGCAAGGCGGGCAACCCCGACAUGCAAGACGGUGUGGACGCCAACAUGGUUGUUGGCUCCAACACCGAGGUCAUUGCGGGUGAAAAGCUCAUCGUCACUGCCGGCGCGUUUGACUCGCACGUCCACUUUAUCUGUCCCCAGAUCUGGGAGGAGGCAAUCGCGUCCGGUAUCACGACGAUUGUGGGCGGUGGCACUGGUCCCGCGGACGGCACCAAGGCGACGACCUGCACCACCUCCAAGUUUUACAUGGAGGGCAUGAUGCUGGCGACGGACAGCUGGCCGAUCAACAUUGGCUUUUCGGGCAAGGGCAAUGACUCUGGGCCCCGUGGCAUGCGCGACAUUAUCGAGGCCGGCGCGUGCUCGCUCAAGAUCCACGAGGACUGGGGAUCCACCCCGGAUGUCAUUGACUGCGCGCUGGUCGUCGGCGACGAGUACGACGUCCAGGUCAACAUCCACACCGACACGCUCAACGAGGCUGGAUAUGUCGAGAGCACGAUCGACGCGAUCAAGGGCCGUACCAUCCACACGUACCACACCGAGGGUGCCGGUGGUGGCCACGCGCCGGACAUUAUCGUCGUGUGCGAGCACCCGAACGUUCUCCCGUCCUCGACCAACCCUACCCGCCCAUACGCCGUCAACACGCUGGACGAACACAUGGACAUGCUCAUGGUGUGCCACCACCUCGACAAGUCGAUCCCCGAGGACAUUGCGUUUGCCGACUCGCGCAUUCGCGCCGAGACGGUGGCGGCCGAGGACGUCCUCCAGGACAUGGGCGCCAUUUCGAUGAUUUCAUCCGACACGCAGGCCAUGGGCCGUAUCGGCGAGGUCAUUACGCGCACCUGGCGGACGGCCGCCAAGAUGCGCGACGUGCGCGGCCCGCUCGAAGGCGACUCGGAGGGCAACGACAACAACCGCGUCAAGCGCUACAUGGCCAAGAUCACCGUCAACCCGGCCAUUACGCACGGCAUGUCGCACCUGGUCGGAUCCGUAGCCACGGGCCAGCUCGCCGACUUGGUGCUCUGGAAGCCCGAGAACUUUGGCGUCCGCCCCGAGACGGUCAUCAAGGGCGGCUUUAUUGCGUGGGCACAGAUGGGCGACGCCAACGCGUCCAUCCCCACCGUCCAGCCCGUCAUCGGCCGGCCCAUGUACGGCGCUGCGCCCGAGAGCGCCGCGCUCAACUCGGUCGUCUUCACGUCGCAGGCGGCCAUCACGUCCGGUGUGGUCAAGGGCUACGGACUGAGGAAACGCGCCGAGGCAGUGAAAAAGUGCCGCGAUAUCACAAAGCGCGACAUGAAGCUCAACGACUGCAUGCCCAAGAUGGCCGUCGACCCCGAGACGUACGAGGUGCAUGCCGACGGCGUGCUCAUGGAUGUCCCGCCGGCCACCAAGCUGCCCCUCGCUGCGGGAUCGUUCCUGUACUAG